AUGGGCGACAGGAUAUUCCGCAUCUUCAACCCGAGAGAGCCAAAGGGCGAUCCCGUCGAGAAGAGACGCGCCCAGCUGAGGCGCGCCCAGCAAUCGUAUCGGGACCGGAAAGACAAGUACACCAAGGCUCUUGAGGCUGAACUAGCACGCUCUCGGAGGAAUGAAGCCGGCCUGGCGUCUGAGGUUCAGCAGCUUCGUGCAAGAGUCCAUUUACUGACUACUCUUCUGUCACAAAACGGCAUAUCCCUCCCACCUGAGUUUGCUGAGGAGAUAUCCCACAGUUAUACCCCAUAUACGAAUGAUAGCAGCCCGGCAAAUGAACAAGCGCAAACGGCUAUCAGACCCCUAGAGGAGUUACAACUAGACUCUGCGAGCAAACCGGCGAACCAAAGCAGCCCUUCGAGCAGUGAUGUUUUUGGUUUGCGGCAUCAUGGCUCAAGAUUCUUCAGAAGACCGCUGCCUCCAGUGUCCACGGCCACCAUAACUCUCUCAGCUGAGCCCAGUGACAAGACUCACCUUUCCGACCUUGAUGUCACGACAGUUGGCAUGGAGUUUGUAUUGACACUAGAAAGGCCUUGUCUGGGCCAUGUACACGGAAAUCCCAAAAAGCCUAGUGAACCUGGUGGUCAUGCUUUGACUGCCACGGUUCAACUUCAAUCCGCCCUGUCUCUGCCUCCCAUUGAUCCACAGAAUCCCAAGCCUCCGCCGUACCAGCAAGCCCCCGCCGCUGUGCUUGAUCGCUUGUUAAACCUUGCACCCACCGUAGCAGAGGAUGGCGACGUGACACCGAUCCAGGCGUGGCAUUAUAUCCGGCACCAGCCUCACUUUGGCGGGUUUGAGAUACAGAACCUUAACAGGCUGGCUGAAAAACUACUGGUGGCCAUGAAAUGCCAUGGGUGA